CUUGCACCCCUUUUUUGUUCGGGGCAGGGCCGAAAUAAUCAAGACAGGAGCCACACAGGCUAGACCCUAGUGCCCCUGCACUAACGGACAUCAACGUCUUGUUAACGCAGGUCCACGAGGCGACUAGUAGCAAAUUCUCUAGCCUGGUCUAUCAAUUUAGAACUAGAUAGUCCCAGGGGAUUGUUGGUCUCGAUGCUCCCGUGGCUCGGGACGCUUGGCAGGUGCAAUCUUACCGGUAGCGCGAAAACGCAACGGCGGACCGAUAGGUAAACGCACCAGCCAGUGAAGAGUUGGGCUUUGCGGUGGGAGGAUUGCGCGCAUCCCUUAUUCCACCAGGGGGAAAUAUGUUUUGCAUCCUUCAUAGUAGGCAUCGCCAUGGCCCUAAACGAAAUGAAGUAUAAAUAUUCCAGGUAGGAAUACCCUCUACCUCUUGAAUUUUUCUAGGAAAUCACCAACCCACAGUCCUUACCUUUCAUUUCAUUUCUCAAACCACCGCUUAACCCAGCCUCUCCUUUGCAUUUCCUACAAUCUUUUGUUCCUACCUACGAAUUACAAUCAAACAACUCAGACCAAACACCCCAAUCUCCAAAAUGCAGUUCACCAACUCCUUCCUCACCACCCUCACCACCGCGCUGGUGCUCGCCUCCGGGGCGCAGGCCGCCAUGUCGAUCGACCAGAUCGUGGGCGGGCUCAACAUGUUCCGCGACAUGGCCAAGCAGCUGCAGCCGGCGGCCAGCGCGCUCAGCCCGAACCCGCUCGCCAUCCUGACCAACUCCAACACGGCCAACAUGCAGCAGUGCGCCGACGGCUUCGCCCAGGCCGCGCAGCUGGGCGGCGGCUUCGUCAACGGCAUCACGGGCACCGCCGCCGUCGACGGCGAGUACGCCGACCAGCAGCGCGACGACAUCGCCGCUGCCUAUGGCGACUGCGCCCAGAGCCACCUGCUCCUGCUCAAGACCGUGGCCAACGCCCAGUCGGGGGUGGGCUACGGCACCGCGCAGGGCAAGUCGCUCAUCAACUCUAUGGGGGGCAUCCAGUCGGUCAUUAGUGGACUUACGGCCAACCUGGUCGAGAUCGUCGGCGCAAACUCGGACGCCGCGUCGCAGCUUAACGCAAACAAGAACAAGCUCAUCAGCGGUGCGACGAGGGUCAAGGCCUGCUAUUCUGCUGACCUCAUCACAUGCAACAUGCUCCGUCUUCAGGGCUACUAAAGGCAUCCACUUCGCUAGAGGGGGAAGGGGACAAGAAUAGCAUAUGGGG